UCUUCCCGAGAACUCCUUUUUGAAUUGUCUUCUUGGCUUGCGCCGAACAUAUUUUUAUAAAACUAAUAAUGGCUAAUGUAACAGAAGAAAGCGUUGUUGAAGUACUUAACAGCGUAACUGCCACUGCCUUUCCUACUUUGGCUGAGUUCAGUGGAAUUAAAGAUGCCGACAUAUUCGUCGCUUAUAUAGCACUUUUACUUAUGGCCCUCAUCCCUAUUUAUAUCGGGAGUCAUUGGUCUUUAUCCCCUAAAAAGGAUGGAAAUGACAAGGAACCGCCUCUUACUACUAAGGAAGCUGCGAUGUUUCCUCUAUAUGCUUCUGGUUUUCUUCUUGGCCUUUAUGCAAUCUUUAAGAUUUUUGGGAAAGACUACAUUAACUUCAUUUUGAGCAUUUAUUUCGUGCUUAUCGGGGCAGUAUCCAUUGGCCACGUUUUAACUCGUCCUCUUCGAAAUAUUAUUCAGUUUUUGGGUCUCGGAAGAUAUUUAACCGCUUAUAAAUUAUCGUUGACCCGAAACGAGGAGGUAGAUCUCUUUAAUUUGACCUUUGACUACUCCAAUAUAUUUUCUCUACUUGUCGGAAGCGUUGUCGGCGCAGUUUAUUUCAAGCACAAACAAUGGAUGGCUAACAAUUUAUUUGGCUUAUCCUUGUGCAUCUGUGGGAUCGAGUCAGUUUCUCUUGGGACCUAUAAAAUCGGCCUUAUUCUUCUAGGCGGUUUGUUUUUAUACGACAUCUUUUGGGUUUUUGGUACGGAUGUCAUGGUCACUGUCGCAACUUCCUUUGACGCUCCUGUAAAACUGCUUUUUCCCAAGGAUUUAGCUUUUUUUGAGUCCAGUAACUCUCGAUCGUUUUUUCUUCUCGGUCUCGGAGACAUUGUCGUUCCCGGUACUCUCUACUUCCCCCUUUCCUUCUCUCAUCAUGAAGCGCUCACACUCGCCUGUGCAGGAAUUUUUAUCGCCUUUCUUCUACGCUUCGAUAAGCGUAAGAGCGAGAAGAAGGCUCACUUUUCCAAAGUCUACUUCUGGACCGGCUUUCUCGCUUACAUAAUUGGGCUAAUAGGCACCGUACUUGUAAUGCACUUCUCUAAGGCUUCCCAGCCAGCUCUGCUCUACCUCGUCCCCUCUUGUGUAGGGUCUACUUUCUUGGCUGCUGCUAUUCGAAGGGAGCUACCCGAGCUUUUUGCUUAUUCUGACGAAGACGAGAAGAAAAAAAUCUCUGAAAAGAAGCAAGAAUGACUUCUUGGCUAUAAAUAAAAAU